AUGGUUAGACCAAAGAGAGUCGUGAGAAAUCCCCGACAUCAAGAUGAACAAGAAGCAAAUGUAGGAGGACGUGGUGGUAGAGGAGGUCGAGGAGGUCGUGGUGGCCGAGGUGGUCGGGGUGGUGCAAACCCUCGAAUAUCAACCGAGGUUAUCACUCAAGCCUUAAAUGACGUCAUGCCGGAUCUAGUGACCCGAAUUCAAACGGCCAUGGAUGCUAGAGGUCCUCAAGAAGAGCCAGAAGUUGAAGAGGAGAAUGUUGAGAAUGAAAAUGAAGAAGAGGAUGUGAAUGCAAAUGGAGAAGGCUUUGUUCAACAAGGGGGCCAUGACGCUUAUCAACAAGGAUGUUUGUUUAAAGACUUCAAGCAAUGUGGGGCUCCGGAAUUUCAUGGGGAUGGUGGUGCUACGGGGUGUCUAGAGUGGUUGGAGGCGAUUGAAGCAAUCAUCGUCCGAAGUGGUUGUGCUUACCACCAACGAAUUACUUAUGCCACCGGUAUGUUGAAGAGUGGUGCUCUUGAAUGGUGGAACGAGGAGGUUGAAGAAGUGGGGAUUGAUGUGGCUACCAAUCUUCAAUGGGGAGAGUUUAAAAAUAUGAUAAUCGCUAAAUAUUGCCCGGCUCAUGAAAUGCGGAACUUGCAAGUAGAAUUCUCUAAACUUGCCAUGAAAGGAGGAGACUAUGAGGGUUACACUCGCCGUUUUGGCCAACUCUCUAGGCUCAUUCCCCAUUAUGUGAGACCGCAAGAAGUGAAGGUUGAGAAGUAUGUGGCGGGAUUGCCUCACGAAGUGAGAAUGCUUGUUUCUCACCCUACCAUGCCCUCCACAUACAAGGAGGCAACCACCCGUGCCGCUAGUGUGACUUUGGAGCUUAUUAGGGGUGGUAAAUUAAGCAAGAAUGACAACAAAAGGAAAGAUGUGGCCGAGUCAAGCAGCCCCAAGAGAGAUGAGAGGCGUGAUCAUAAACGCCAUAGUCGUGGUGGGAAGGUCUUUGCGGCGGUUGUACCGGCGGUGGGGCCUCCGAAAGGUGGUUAUGCCGGGGCUAAUCCUUUAUGCCCUAGGUGUAAUCGUCACCAUCAACCCGCCAUGAGAUGUGAUGUUUGCUUCUAUUGCAACCAACCGGGUCACACUUUCAAAUUUUGUCCUAAUGACCGUCAUGUUGCUCCAUUGAAUGUUGCUCCUCUUAACAUGAGACGUCCCCCGAUGUCCCCGGGUACUUGCUAUGAAUGUGGUAGCCAAGACCACUACCGAAACCGGUGCCCAAAUCUUAUUGGCCAACAAGUUCAAGUGACCGUGCAUCCUAAUCCACUCCAAAUUGCCGGUCCUAAUCAAAACCGUGGAAACCAAGGCCAACAACAACAACAACAAGCUCAACAACGACAACUUGCCCCCCGUGGAAGAGAUUUUGCCGUGAAUGCGGCCGAGGCUCGUGUUGAUCCAAACGUCGUGGCAGGUACUUUUCUUCUCAACAAUCAAUAUGCCACCGUAUUAUUUGACUCGGGUGCCGAUUUUAGUCUUAUCUCCAAUGGCUUCAUUCCAUUGAUUGAUGCUAGCCCUAGUCCUUUAUCAUAUUAUUUUGAACUUGAAAUGGUAAAUGGUGGGUUAACAAAAAUUGACCAAGUUGUUCGUGAUUGUACCUUAGAGUUAUGUGACCACCCAUUCUUGAUAGACUUGAUUCCUUUCGAUAUCGGUAGCUUUGAUGUGAUCGUGGGAAUGGAUUGGAUGUCGGCAAUAAACGCGGUCAUAGAUUGUGGUAGUCGAGUGGUGAGAAUUCCAUUAGAUGAUGGGGUUGAGUUAGUAGUUCAAGGUGAGACAACCGAACCAUGGGAAGGAAAAAUUUAUAAUGUUAAUGUCACAAAAAUCGAAUUGAAAGCCGUGCCCGUGGUUAAUAGAUUCAUGGAUGUAUUCCCGGAUGACUUACCGGGUUUGCCUCCAUCUCGUGAACUUGAUUUCCGUAUUGAUCUCAUUCCAAAUGCUUCUCUCGUAGCCAAAGCACCUUACCGCUUAGCCCUCACCGAAAUGCAAGAGUUGGCCGCCCAACUCAAAGAACUUCAAGAAAAGGGUUUCAUCCGCCCUAGUCAUUCACCGUGGGGUGCACCGGUCCUAUUUGUCAGAAAGAAAGACGGUUCUUUCCGUAUGUGCAUCGAUUAUCGUGAACUAAACAAACUCACGGUGAAGAAUCGUUAUCCUCUCCCAAGGAUUGAUGAUUUAUUUGACCGACUCCAAGGUGCUCGAUUCUUUUCAAAGAUUGAUUUGCGGUCGGGUUACCACCAAUUACGUGUCCAUGAAGAUGAUAUUCCCAAGACGGCCUUUCGUACACGUUAUGGACACUUUGAAUUCACGGUUAUGCCUUUUGGGUUGACAAAUGCACCGGCGGUGUUCAUGGACUUAAUGAACCGGGUGUGUUCGCCCUACUUGGACCAAUUUGUCAUUGUCUUUAUUGAUGACAUCCUCAUUUAUUCCAAAUCUAAGGAAGAUCACGCCGAGCAUUUGAAGCUAGUAUUGGAGCUACUCCGAAAGUGCCAAGUUCUCCAAAUGUGA